CUUUUCUGUAGUCUUCCAACUCCUCCUGAAGAACGAAAGAUCAUGUCCGCUGCAUCCCUGCCGCCUACUCAAUUUGCAUUCCGCUCUGCUGCAGGCAUCGGUCUCUCUGAGGGCGCUCCUGAAUUUGGUGCUCCCACAGGUUUUGAAAAGCAAACUGGUAACAUUCGUGUACUUCAGUACAGCAAGAAUGGGCAGUAUCUUGCUUGGGCGACCCCCGAAAGUGUCAAGGUGAUGGAUGCUCAGUCACUGGAGAUCAUCCAGGACUUGGAGGUCAAGGAUGUGCUCGAGAUUGAUUUUUCUCCAAAGGGAACCUUCCUCUCGACUUGGCAGCGACAGAUCAAGACCGAGGAUGGAUCGCACAAGAAUAUGGCCAUCUACGAUGUCAAGAGUGGUCAGCUGUUGACCGCCUUCUCUCAAAAGUCGCAGAACAACUGGAAUGUACAGUGGACUGAUGAUGAGGCAUACUGUGCAAGGAUGGUUUCUAGUGAGGUUCACUUUUGGGAGCCCAAAAACUUGACCAAGACCCCGUUUACGAAGCUGCGUCAGGAGGGAAUGACCCAAUUUUCGCUUUCGCAUGGAAAGAGUACUUCGGUCGCCGUUUUUUUUGGCGAGCGCAAGGGCGCUCCAGCUAUGGUUCGCAUCUAUUCGAUCACCAACUUUAAUGUGCCUCUUGCCAGCAAGUCAUUUUUUAAGGCUGAUCGCGUUCAGAUGAUCUGGAACCAAUUGGGUACCAAUAUUCUCGUGUGGACCACUACCGACCAUGAUAAGACUGGAAAAUCAUACUAUGGUGAGACCAACCUCUAUUAUUUGGCUGUGGCCGGAAACUUCGACUGCAGAGUGCCCAUUGAUGGUCUCAUCCAUGAUGUUGCUUGGUCCCCUGCUUCCAAGGACUUUGUUGUUAUCCACGGACAGAUGCCCAACCCUAAAACAACCCUUUUUGACCAUCGCGCUAACUCUAUCCAUGAGUUUGGAAGAGAUGCUCGCAACACUAUCAAGUGGAAUCCUCAGGGACGAGUUUUAGUUUUGGCAGGAUUCGGAAACUUGGCUGGCACUAUGGAUUUCUGGGACUGCAAAACUCUGGAGAAGAUUGCCAGUGUCUCUGCACGUGAUACAACUGCUUGUGAGUGGUCCCCCGAUGGUCGCCACAUCUUGACAGCUACAUUAAGCCCUCGUCUCCGUGUCGAUAAUGGCUACAAGGUUUGGCACUAUACCGGCACUCUAGUGCACACUGCUGAGGUGAAUGAGUUGUACCAAGUCAGCUGGAGACCUGCUGCACCUGAGAUCUACCCUAUUCGUUCAUCACUAUCACCUGCACCUAAGCCCGCCGCAAGUACAUCAGCUGCAGCUGCCAAACCUGCACCUGUUCGCGUCGGCGCUUACAGACCUCCUCAGGCCCGUGGAACACCUGCUCCUUCCUUAUUUACUGAUGCCAAUACCAGUAGCUCUUCCUCAUCUACUGCAGCAAAUGCUGCAGCCGCUGAGGCCGCAUUGUCCAGGGCCGCAUUGAAGAACAAGAAGAAGCGUGAGAAUGCCAAGAAGAAUAAGGAUAUCACUACGGAAGAAGGUCCCAAUGCCGUAGCCUCUGGAUCUGGCAACAACUCACCUGCACGUGCCAAUACUCCCCGUCCUAAUAACAACAAUAAGAAACCUCAGAAUGGAGCAUUGCUGCCGCCUUCAUCAGGAUCUUCGUCGAGUGCCCAAAUGACUGAGACAGAGAAGAAAAUUCGCAAUGUCACAAAGAAGUUGAAGCAGAUUCACGAGCUCAAAGAAAGGCAGGCAGCAGGAGAGACACUUGAGCUCACACAGUUGCAGAAGAUCACAUCUGAGGCUGCUCUACUCAAGGAGCUGGAGGCAUUGAAGGUUAACUAAUUAGUUGUAUUCUAGGUAGUGCUAUUUUCUUUUGUGUUUUUGAGAGGAAAGAUACUUGCGCCAUUGAGUC